GGGCAUGUAUAAAGGAAAUCAUAAUGUUGCCAUAUUAAUGAGACGGCGGUGCAUUUCCCGCCAGUUGAUUAUUUAUUUUCUCCCAGUGCAAUAAACAUUCCCGCGCGUUCGAGGCUGCAAUUCCUUUCCAGUACUAAUCCGCGCAGUGUACGUGCCCUGCUUCCCCCUUCUCAUUCAAACAAUGGCAGGCCGUGUGGCACACCUCUUUCAGUGUCUUGGCCCCUCCCACUCGCCCUAGCCAAUGUGCGAGCUAAUGCUGCAGCGGCACGGCAGCGCUUGUGUUCUGGUGCGGAACCAGGCGAGUGUACUACUGUGUGUGGCCUUUCAGAACCUGAGGUAACUCUGCAGUCCCCGCCCUUUUCACAAGCACCGCCCCGUUUCCCUGGAUACCCGGCUGUAGGAGGUGUGCGUAGGACGUCAUUGUUCAGUCACUUUCCCCCGGCAGUGUGAGCAGGGGAUGGGCAUGAGGGCUGUGCUGGAGCCAAGUUGCAUUUGAUUCCGGGAAAUCACAUUCAGAAUCCCCUGCCCUGUUUCACAGCUGUAAGAGGUGUUAGUCUCAAAAGUGAUGUCCUGAGCAAUUUCCCCUGUCACAGUAAGGAGGAUGGAGACGGAGGCUGUCAUGGAGAGAAGGCCAGUUUGAUUUCAGGAGAACACUCCAAGUGUUAAACCAUGACUAUAAUAGAUAAAGUGUCUUCGGCACCUGAUGCUUGCCAGAACCAACUGUGCAGCACAGUGGCACCCUCAUCAGGAGAAAUGGAAAAUGGAUCUUCAGUUUGGGGUGUUGUAUCAGCCCUAGCUAAAAUUGGGCUUGGACUGGUACCUGCUGCAGCCGUGUAUUCAAGCUCAUCUGUUCCUGAAAAGCCUGUGCCUUCAGAGCAGAAUGAUCUGCCUUUGGCAGUCCCAGGAGAUGGCACUGAUCCACCUGAGAAACCUGGGGAUGGCAUUGAUCCACCCGAGAAGAUUCUUUUUCCCCCGGCAAAGAUCUGUCUGAAGUGGCAACGUGUGCAGAAAGUUGGAGCUGGUCUCCAAAAUCUUGGGAAUACAUGCUUUGUGAAUUCUGUAUUACAGUGUUUAACUUACACGGCGCCUCUUUCUAACUACCUUAUUAGCCGCGAACACUCUGAAACAUGUCACAGCCAAGACUUUUGCAUGAUGUGCGUAAUGCAGACACAUAUAUCAAUGGCUCUGUCAAACUCUGGAGGUGUCAUCAAGCCAUCCGCAGUUGUCAAUGAUCUCAGACGCAUCUCUAAAAACUUUCGUUACGGGAGCCAAGAAGACGCCCAUGAAUUUCUACGUUAUACAGUUGAUGAAAUGCAAAAAUCCUGCCUGAGAGGUUCCUGCAGGUUAGAUCGACACACACAAGCCACUACCCUUAUUCAUCAAGUGUUUGGCGGAUACCUGCGGUCUCGAGUCACGUGUCUCAGUUGUAAAGCUGUGUCUGACACCUACGAUCAAUAUCUUGAUCUCACAUUAGAGAUAAAGAUGGCUCAUAGUGUUAACCAAGCCCUAGAGCAAUUUGUAAGGCCGGAACAGCUGGAUGGAGACAAUGCCUAUAAAUGUAGCAAAUGCAAGCAAAUGGUGACUGCUAGCAAGAGAUUUACAAUUCACAGAACGUCCAAUGUGCUGACUCUGUCCCUGAAAAGGUUUGCAAGUUUUAACGGUGGCAAACUAUCUAAGGAGAUAAAAUAUCCAGAGUAUCUUGAUCUUCGUCCAUACACAUCUGACCCAAAUGGAGAACCAGUUAUUUAUGUUCUGUAUGCCGUCCUCAUUCAUACUGGUUUUAGCUGCCACGGUGGGCACUAUUACUGCUAUGUAAAGGCAUGCAAUGACCAGUGGUACCUCAUGAAUGAUUCCACUGUUUCCACCACAGACAUCAGAACAGUGCUUAACCAACAGGCUUACCUUCUGUUCUACGUCAGAUCUCAGAACUCCCAGAGUGGAGCUAAUUUGUACUCCCUACAUGCAGCUAGUCCUAGCUCCCCACAACCAAGCAGCAGCCAGAGAGCAGGCAGCACCAAAUCUACAUUGGUUGGACCUCCCCGCAAGAUAAAGAGUUCAAAACACAUGAAUGGCAAGAAAUCGCCGAAAAACCAGAUGAACAAUUCUGUAGUGAAUACUAACACCGUGAAUCUUAAGAGGCCACCUCUUGGCAACACUGUGGUGAAUCGGCAGACUGUAAUCAAUAUACCCAACAACAAGAAACAGAAGAUUACAAUCAGCAUCAAUAAAUACCAAGGACUACCCCUACCCACUGUACAUAAGACCGAGAGCUUAAACAAGCCCACCCCAUCAUCCACCAUUACUAAGCACUCUAAUAAGCCUACCUCAAAUACCUCCAUGGCGCUAGUAAGGAAACACUCACCAAGCAAACUGUAUCCAGGACCAGUAGUGAAUGGCUCUUGCAAGGCUGGCUCUAGUUUGCUGGUACCUUAUGGUGCAGAUUCUUCAGAAAACUCGGAGGAGGAGUAUAAGGGAUUGGACAGCAGCGACUGGAAUGGAAAGUCUGUAAAUGGGGAGAUGUCUAAAAAUGGACUGAGCUUACAUAAGGACAAGUCUUCUCCUUGUAACUCAUUUAAAACGAGUUCUGAAAAGGAAGAGCCGCCUAUUGCUGCAGUUGAUUCGCUUUCUAGGAAUAUUAUUGCCUGCUCUGACACUAAAAAUGUCAAUGUUCUUGAGAUCACUCAUUCUCAUAAUGCGGGAAAUCCAACAGAAUUCAGUUCUCUAAAAAAAACAGAAGAAUUAACUCAAGAUGUUGACACUAUUUUACCUCUAAGCAAGGAGAAAAAACCCUUAAUGAUAUGCAACAAUACAUCUGAAGAUAAAUCUGUAGAAAAAAGUACACUAUAUUUAUCUAAUGGAACAAGUAGUUUGCAUAACACUGUUCCAUGGAGGAAUGGGAUGGACCAGCCUGUUAAACAUCUUGCUGAUAAGCCCAAAGCCGAGGAAGUCCAAAGUACUAGUGAGGAUCCGCCAGCUUCUGGGCAGCAGGAGAGCCACACAACAGACACUCACAUUAGUAAAAAUGCAAACACUUUAUCAGAAGACCCCAGCACGUUUAACAACACACUUGCGAACUCAUCAGAAGAAGGCGAUGACAAGGAAACAUUUGACAAGCCUAUAAUAAAUAAAUAUGGCAAUGGUGUACCCUCCUUACUUACAUGUUCCAAUACAAGUCAGUCCAUUGUCAAGGUUGUGGCUAAACUUGAUACUUCAAAUGGAAAUGUGAAUAAAAUUUCAGUACAGCCUCUCAAAAACACUGACCCUGAAAAGAAAGAACUGAUAGAAAAUGGUGUAGAAAAGAGCCACUCUGUGUUUGGCGAUGCCAAGAAAGUGAAAAGGGACCACCUCCGCAAUGGACGAUGCCGCUCUGAUAGCAGUGAAGGAGUUCAAGAGAAACACACAGCCAGUAACAGAGAGAGACAGUCACACAGCAGAGAGAGAACUAAAUCUGACCGCUAUAGACCGUCUCAUUAUCAUGAAUACAGGCACAGGGACCACUAUAGAAGGAAUAGCCCAUACAAGGACUGUACCAAACACAGCCAUACCCGGGGCAGAUCGAGAAGCAGGGAUAGAUAUGAAAAGAACUGGUAUAGCAGUUCAAAAAGGGCUCGUUCACGCAGCAGAGAAAGAAACUACCAGGAUAAAGGCAGGCGAUACGAUGGCUACAGACACUAUAGUGACUAUCGUACAUCUCACGGUUAUCGGGAUUUUCAAGAUAGAAGGUCUUCAUAUGAGGAUAAAGACUAUCACAGUAAAUCCUAUAACUCUAACAGAAGCAGGUGGUCUUAUUACCCCAGAGAUAAAGAACAUGAAUAUUUCAGCAGCCCUAAACACAAUAACUAUUAUUCAUCAUCUCUUACAAAGCACUCUGAUAAGUAUUAUGAAAAAUACAACGAUGCUGUGGAUUACUACCCAGCUGAUAAACAUGCUAGGAUAAGGAAAAGCAAACACAGACACUCAGGAGACAGCGACCUUGAGACAGAAAGCAGGCAUAAGCUGAAUGGCGAACAGCGGCACGUGAGGAAACAUAGAUGGAGCAGCUCCUCUGAAAGCAGUGACUGUGAAGUAGACACCAAACGAAAAAAGAUUGGAACCAAUGGAGCAGUGACUAAAGACAGCUCCAGGGUAUAUGGAAAUGCAGUCAUCACUUCUUCCGAAAAGAGACCCCUGAAAAUGACAGUUUUUCAUGACUCCUAACAUUCCAUUUCUCAAGCUGCAAAAAAAAAAGGCACGUAGGCACGAAAUAUUGCCAGCAGUGGCACAGGCGGACACAUGUCACGUUGGCAGCAUACAGGAGUAUUUGCUUUACUCCAUAAAUUAUAUCCGACCAUUCCCAAAUGUCACGGCCCAUCCCUGCAUGAACUGGCCCGAUUAGCCUUAUAGAGUAUGGUGUGGGCAGCUUUUUCUUUUAACUUUAUUUAUUUUUAUUUUAGUAUAUUUUAUGGAAAUAAUGUUGCAGGAUGAGCAGAAGGAAUUUAAGGAAUGAAGAAUUAUUACAGAUGAUUCUCGGGGGUGGGGG